CGGUCAGAGGGCACAAAAAUGGCCGCCGUCUUAUAUCGAUAACGUUUCUGUCUCAAUGUUAACUUAAACUGCGGGCUUUACACCCUAAUUAUCUACAUAACCGUUACAUUUAGCAACUGAGAAUCCGCACCUGUUACCUCAUUUCGACGCCGACAUGUUCCAGGUUAUCGGCGGGAGGAGCGUCCAGGCAGCCCGGCUGCUCGCUCCCAGGAGCGCCGUGCUCGUGGAGGCUGUCCGGGGCAGAAAGUCCCGUAACGACCCGGUGGCCAAGUCCAAGGAGGGCCGGAUAAAAACGCCUCCCCCGGUGGAUCCGGUGGAGAUGGUGGUCCUGAAGGAGAGAUACUCCGAGUACCAGCUGAUCAUGAGGGCGCUCCGUCUGGAGUUUAAGGAGGAGGUGCUGCGAAAGAGGUACGAGGAGGAGACGGGCUCCCGGGCCGAGGAAAGAGCGAGGCAGGAGGCUGAGGAGCAUCAAGCCCUGAUGGCAUGGAACGACCAGGAGAACCUCCGUUUGCUGAAACUCAGAGUCCUGAGGGUCCAGCAGGAGGCGGAAGAAGCUCAGCGGAAGAAGAUGGAAGUUAUAAUGCAGCGAGAACAGCAGCAGCAGGAAUUACUCAAAGAGAAGGAGAAGGAGAUUUUGCAGCUGCAGGAGGAUAUAAAAAACUUCAUCACCUUGGAGAACCUGGAUCAGCGAAUCGAAGAAGCUCUGGACAAUCCAAAGAAUUACAACUUUGCCAUCGACAAAGAAGGGAGAGUAGUCAAACAGACACUGCUGCAGUGAUGAACACAAACGGAGGACAUUCGGACAUGUUUCUGUCGCAGUCGGGACUGUGAUCCAGGUUUAAGGCUUGAACCCACUUUGGAAAUGGAUUUUUUCUAACUUCAGAAGAAAGUUAACUCGCCUGUAAAUGGAAGAAUUCUCCUCCAGAGUUUAAUUAAAGUCUGCUCAUGUGUGGAGCUGACAGUUUAACCUCAGCCAUUAUUUUUCAUGUCAUUCUUAACAUAUUGUUGUGAUCAUUACUGUUAUUACUCAUGAUAAGUAAACUAAUGUAAACAGGA